UGUUCCGGAGGAGGGCUGGGAUUCUCUUGGCUCUGCGGUGGCCGGACCUCUCUUUGCAAGAAGCCACUUUGCACCUGUGUUUCUGAGCUUGGGCGAGCCCAGGACCAUGGUAACGAUCGAGUCCGAGUCAGAUUUCUAUGACGUCUUUGAGAUUCUGGGGAAGGGCACGUUUGGGGAAGUGGUGAAGAGCUGGAAACGGAGCACUGGAGAAAUGGUGGCCAUAAAAAUCCUGAAGAAUGACUCCUACCGCAGCAGGAUCAUCAAGAACGAGCUCAAGCUGCUGCAGACCAUGUCUGAGGUGGACUCAGAGGAGUCCCACAUCGUCCAGUUCCACGAGUUCUUCCACGACGAGCUCAAGUUCUACCUGGUCUUUGAGCUGUUGGAGCAGAACCUCUUUGACUUCCAGAAGGAGCACAACUUCUCCCCUCUGCCGGUCCGGCACAUCCGCACGGUGACCACGCAGGUGCUGAGAGCCCUGGCCAGGUUGAAAGAGCUGUCCAUCAUCCACGCAGACCUGAAGCCAGAGAACAUCAUGCUGGUGGACCAGGUGAGGUACCCUUUCCGAGUCAAGGUGAUCGACUUUGGGUCAGCCAGCAUCUUCAAUGAAGUGCGCUAUGUCAAAGAGCCAUACAUCCAGUCCCGAUUCUACCGGGCGCCAGAAAUAUUGCUGGGGCUGCCCUUCUGCGAGAAGGUGGACAUGUGGUCGCUGGGGUGCGUGAUGGCAGAACUGCACCUUGGCUGGCCCCUCUACCCUGGGAAUAAUGAGUACGACCAGAUCCGGUACAUCUGUGAGACCCAAGGCAUGCCCAGGCAUGCCCUCCUUAACGCGGCCCGAAAGGCCCACCUCUUUUUCAAGAGGAGCCAGCACCCAGAGGUGGUGAACUCCUGGCAGCUGAAAACCCCAGCAGAGUAUCUGGCAGACACCAAAGUCAAGUCUGUGGAGAGAAGGAAGUAUGUGCUGAAGUCCCUGGACCAGAUGGAGACAGUGAACGUCCACAAGAUGAUCUACCCAGACACAGAGGCCUUGGCGGAGUAUUUCGAUCUCCGGAGCAUGGUGGAGCUCAUAAAGAGGAUGCUGACAUGGGAUUCUCAUGAGCGCAUCACCCCGAGCGCAGCCCUGAAGCACCCCUAUAUUUCCACACAGCCCCUGAAACAGAACUAUGACCUUACCCAGUACUACCAGUUCUGCCUGAGGAGCCUCCGUGAGUCGCUACCCAACCAGGGUAAGGCGUCAGAGGAGGAGGCGCAGCACUACGGUGCCAUGGACGAGGAGCGCUUCUACUCCAGAGAUGAUUCCUUCAAGGAGGAGAGUGCCCAUGGCAUUCAGAGGACCACCAGCCAGAUGGACGAGCUCAGCAUUGCCGAAGCCAGCCGGGAGGUGCCUCUCAAGGUGUGGGGCGAAGGGCCCAGCGGGGGAGGCUACGAACCUCUCCCUGACCCUGCAGAGGUGGUGGCAAGUCGGCACAGACUGGCCCACCAGAGCCUUCGGGUGCGCCACGAGCAGGCCCAGCAGGAACCAAUCCCAGCCUAUUACAGGAGCCGGCCCGGCAGCCCGAAGCACCACAAGGUGCCCCACCAUGCGAAGCCAGACCCCACCUUUGAAAAUCUGAUCCUCCUGGGGCAGUACACCCCGGAAGACACCUCCAGCUGGGAGAAGGAGAGCAACACCAGUGCCACUUCCCUGCCAGAGUCUGGUGCCCGGGAGGAGGCGAGCUACCCCAAAGGCCUGGUGCUCUCACCCACCACACAGGUAACAAGGGCUACUGAGGUCUUUGAGCCAGCCAUGCCACUGCCCGGGCCCAACUCCUGGCUGCCCAGCGAAGACUGGCUGGCAGAACAUGGCAUGGAAAGAGUCCCCCUCAAGGCAGUGCUGCAUGCCCCCCGGAACCGUCACCAGCUGCAGCCAUACCUGCAACAUGUUGCCAGCCACCACUAACCCCAGAUCCUCGACCAGGAAGAGGGCAGGCGCAGCGGAGAGAUGGCCCACCAAGGCCCAAACAGAUACCUUUCUAGACAUUAAAUAUAUAGACUGUUCCUCGCUGCCCAGCGCCACUUACUUAAUAAAAGCCAUCUUGCUAUUACUGAGCUGUAUGGAGCCCUGAUGGCAGACCACAGGCUGACCAGGCCGGGGGGAGGUGACAGAGUUGGGGGGGCUCCGAGCAACCAAAGUCAGCCCACCAGUCUUUCCAGGAGCCAAGGGCACCACGGGCAGGCCAACCGAUCUCCCCAACAAGUCCAGGUUGCACUCGAUCUACUGCAUCAUUA